GUUCAGAAGUUUCUGGUAGGCAUGGAAGGUGAGGGGAGGUUUAUCAAAGGACUUGUAAACAAAAUGCUGAGAAUCCAAAUCAGCGAUGGUAGAGUACUGAUAGGCUCACUUCUCUGUACUGACAGAGAUCAGAACUUGAUAAUGGGUGGGGCGGCGGAGUACUGGCACGAUGAGACUGCGGGGGAAGCGAGGAUGUUGGGUCUCGUUAUGAUACCAGGUCGACACAUCACUUCAGUGCAAGUUGACAACUCGGACAGUGACAUUGAGAAACUGUUGGCAGAACACGAUAAAAUAAAAUGAGAGUUUUAUUAAUCGGGCAAUUUGGUGGUCAUUAGUUAUCCGAGACCAUGGUUAUCAUCAUUUCAUGUAUUUGAAACGUCACAUUUCUUGUUGCUUUAAAACAGACCAAGAUUAUAUAUGUGGUAGUAAUUUAUAUGGGGAUUUUGAAACAGACGAAAAAUGACAGAGAUGUACAAGUUCGUUUGCGGUAAGAAAAACUGUUUGCACUGUGCACAACUUUGUAUUGAAGAGACAAAAACAAGCAGAGAUUUUAGUAGAUUAUACUCACUUUUUUCUAAUGGCGUGACCUGAAGUGACCUCAUAUGAACUUUGUUUUAUAUUAAAUUUAUAUGUAUUUGGUUGAUAUUUUGUAUUUAUCAUCGAUUCUUGUUUAAUGA